AUGAGUCGGUUUCUGUACGCCGUGUUGUUGGUCAUCGUUGCACAACUUUGCCUAAUACAAUUUUCGGACUGUGCUCCACACAUGGCCAUGACGAGGAUUCAAGAAGUGUUCCGAUCUUUGGGGACAAAAGCUGACGGUCGUCCAAAGAAAUACUACUUGGAUCCAUUGUAUGGAGUUGAAGAUUCAUCUUGACUUAAAACUACAUUGUUGUUGAGCCGUUCUUCAUGUCCACAAAGAAAAAGAAAGCAAAAAAAGAAAGCGAGAGUCCGGAAAGAGAUGAUGAGAACGAUGGCACAUGGCAAUGUUCGGUUUGCACUUAUC